AUGACUAUCCAGAUGAUAGUUGUUUACCUAAUGGCCUCUGUUUCAAUCCAUGCCUGCAAGACGAAAAUGCAACUUGCGACGCUGCACAAGGAGCAGGGACCUACUGGCGCGAAUCGUGCACAGAUCCUACCUGGAGCAGCCCACACUGAUCAUCAAAUUACACUGAAGGUUGCCAACGCAUCCGACUCGGAGGAUGUUGUUAUGACAAUGUGCCCAAUUGAUGGGAAAUGGUGUUGUGGAUCUGUAUCAGCACGAGAGUGCUGCGCAAAUGCCGAGCGUAUUGAGAUAAAAGCGAAGAUUUAUGAGACUACGACAUCGGCUACGACAUUGACGUCAACAUCGACAACCCAAUCAUCAGCUACAUCAAGUACUGACAAAGCACAAUCAACAUUGUCUGCACUAAGUGCCACUCAGGAUAAAGAGACUAGCGACAAAGAGGCAAGAAAUACAGGUCUUGGGGUCGGUUUUGGAUUGGGCAUACCGCUUCUGAUGAGCGUGGUAGGCAUAGCAUGGAUUUUGUAUCGCAGGAGACAGUCUGGUUUACUUCAAUUCCCAGCCUAUAUGGAAGCCCAUCAGGCUCCAAAUCAACCUGGAGAACUUGCUGCGACUCCAAAAGUUUCCGAGAUUUAUUCAACUGAGCAAGAACCGUCUCAUGAGAUGGACGGAUGGAAUCAUAAUCCAACUGACACCCGACAAGCAUCAUCGGGUUCGUCCAAGGGCAUUGAGGCCCGUUUCUCACCUGAGGACUCCUUCCGCUCAGACCUUAUUGACCUGCUCUCUAUCUACUCGGCCGUUGAUAAGGUCGGCGUGAACCGUGUUGGUAUUGCCGACAAUGUCGGUUGCACCUCCCCUCUCCAGGUCUAUGAGCUCGUUCGCGUACUGCGUGGUGUUGUCGGCUGUGACAUCGAGACUAGCUUCCACGACGAUACUGGCUGCGCCAUUUCCAACGCCUAG